CUCCACGAUGCUGUGCAGCAUACAGCUAUAUCAAUGUCGGACUUGCAAAUAAUGGAGCAGCAAGACGUUUCACCACCUCUAAGCUUCAGAGAGCCGCCUUUAACACCUCCGUCAACUAACAAGAAGCCAGCUGCAGAGGCGCAGCAUCGCGUUAUCGCACUCUUUAAUAGGAUCCAAGCAGGAAGGUAUACUGAAGGAAACAAUUGGAUAGAGUAUUGGCUUGCGACAGGAGAGUUCGAUCAGAUACAGAGUAACCUCCAGCAAGACGACGCACUUUUGAAGUACGCGGAAGCCAGUAUACGGUAUGACUACGACGAAACGAAGCGCCGACUAGUAGUCCGCAUGCCUACUGGGGUACACGAGUUCUUUGUGGACAAGGUGGAGGAUAACAUUCGGACCCAGUUGAAAGUAAUUAGUAAAGGACCUGGCAGAACAGCUCAGUUCGCGAAGAAUUUACGACCCGCCAGAUCUACUGAAAUACGUUUCACUGGUAGCAAGUCGAGGUACCAUCCAGACAUAUCGUUCGGGCGGAAGGGUGCAAAAUUUCCAGGCGUUAUCUUUGAGAUCGCAUACUCGCAGCUUCGGCUAGACCGGCUAGCCGAGAGCUAUAUUGUGGAUUCAAAUGCAAACAUACGGGUCGUCGUCGGCCUGGACAUUGCAUACGGCAAGGAGUCGCGGAAAGCGACGUUGUCGGUUUGGCGACCACAGAUAUCUAAUAAGACUUUAGUAGUUGUAGCAGAGGCGACAGAUGAAGUUAUCCGUAAUGACAAAGGUAACUCCGUUGGGCACCCUGGCCUACGACUCCGUCUAAGCGAUUUUACCUGCCAAAAAAUUGCACUCGAGCAAAUAGGAGAUGAAGAUAUAGACAUUUGUAUCUCUGGGGAACAGCUCUGCGAAUACAUCGCUGAGGCGGAGGAUGAAGUACAACAAGCCACGUAUGAGGAACCUUUGCCUGAUGGCAUCAACAAACGAAAACGAUCUGAGACACCUCCUGAAGAGAUCCGGUCAGACGAUGAAGUAAAGUACGCUGAGCAAGAGAGGAGAGCGGCGAAGCGAGCGGAUCAUGAUAUGGAUUACGAGGAUAGACAAUCAGCCAAGAGCCUCUCAGAGUAA